AUGCAGUUGAUUUUACUUAUGCAUUAAGUUGCAUCCAACUGGAGACUUGUUGAUUAGAGUUUUACAGAGUUGCAAAUGGUAAGCAAUAAUUGGGAAAUAAAUGAUAGAUGUAUUGAUUCUUCAGAGAGAUCAAUUAAUUAUCAAACUUGUACUUAGAAUUACAUUCAAUAUGUAUUAUUAGACGAUAAUAGACGAUAUAUGUAUAAAUCAUUUAAUUAUAAAAGCUAUCAGGCUCAAGUAAUAUUUGAUGCUUAUUUUGAUGAUGCUGAUAAUGAUAUAGAUUCAUCAUUAAAGGUUAGUUAUGAUAGCAAUAAAGAUUCAAAAAGUGAAUAAUUAUUGUAUAGGAGAAAUUAUAAAUAAUCUGAUUUAAAUUAAAACAGUGUUCGAAUUUGUCAUAGUACUUGGAGAGAUUUUGAAUUCUAUACAGUUGUAAGUACUAUUGCUAAUUCUAAUACUAACUAAUUUAAAAUAAAAAUUUGUUUUAAUCCUAGAAGAAGUUGUGUGUCUUUAGGUAUUAAAAAUUUAUUGAUAUAUAUCAAUUCUUGCCAUCCAACUUGUUUAACUUGUAAUGGUCCUACAGAAACAUAAUGUUUAUCAUGUUUUGGUAAUUAAAGUGUAUAAGGAGGGAAAUGUUAUUGUAUACCUGAUUAAUAAUUUUCUGAAACUUAUAUAGGUUGUCUUUAAGAAUGCAGUAGGGAUUAUUCAAUUGCAGAUUAUGAUAAAAUAUGUGUUAAUGAUAAAAGUAUAAGAUCAAAAUUUACACUAUUUGAAAGUGAGAGCAUCCCUCAAUCAAAUUAAAGAUAUUAUCCAUUAAUAUUUGAAAAAGAUGAAUUUAAUCCAAGGAACUCUGAUUUAAUUAUGAAAAUUGCAAUGGGAUUAGUUUUAUUGGAAAGUUAUAUUUUAAUGAAGGAUUUCUUUACUAUAAAGUUUAUUAGAAUUCGUAUUACAUUUUAUUUUUUUAACUUUUAAGAAACAAGCACCAUUUACAUUUUACAUAAUAAUAGAAUACAAUCUAGAAUUAUAAAAGGGUCAUCUGAUUUCUAAGUUGAUUAUUUAGUGAAAAUAUUUGAGAAAAAUUGA